GUGCUUUAAAUGCCAAAUGUCUGAUUUUACACGCAUAGUAACGUAAAGAUCUUGGUGAGUGCGUUAUUUGAGUUCCCCGUGACCCGGAAGUGUUGGGUCUGCCGCAGUGUUUUGGCCGCUUCUCCUCCUCCUCCUCCUCGGGUGUUUGUUUACCUGUGAGGUUCUGCGGUUCUGGACUGGAUGUGAUGAACGGGAGCGCGAACACGCCUCUGGAUAAAGAGGAGCACGUGCUGAAGCUCGGAGACAGUUUCGAGAAGAGACCCAAAUCAUCCUUCCACACCAUCAGAUAUGACUUCAAGCCGGCGUCGAUCGACACGUCGUGUGAAGGAGAGCUGCAGGUGGGCAAGGGCGAGGAGGUGACCAUCACACUCCCACACAUCCCGGGGUCCACGCCGCCCAUGACCGUCUUCAAGGGCAACAAGAGGCCGUAUCAGAAGGACUGCGUGCUCAUCAUCAACCACGACACGGGCGAGUUCAUGCUGGAGAAGCUCAGCAGCAGCAUACAGGUCAAGAAGACCAGGGCCGAGGGCAGCAGUAAGGUCCAGGCUCGUCUGGAUCAGCAGUCGGUGAGAGCGACUCCGCUGACGGCUCAGUUUCGCACCCCCCUCCGGCCAGCAGGGGGCGCUAGGAGCUCGCCAGGCAAAGACAACCCUUCACCAGAGCCACAGCUGGACGACAUCAAGCGAGAGCUGCGGGCCGAGGUGGACGUGAUCGAGCAGAUGAGCAGCAGCUCUUCUUCCUCAGACUCGGGUAGCGGCGCUGAAGACAACAGCUCCGGCAGCGACUCCGAACCCGACACUCGUCUCUCUCCCGGCGGGAACAACACAGACAACGGACUCAGCCAAUCACAGGGCAGCAGCCAGCUGAUGAACACGCUCAGCCAAUCACAGGGCAGCAGCCAGCUGAUGAACACGCUCAGAAACGAUCUUCAGCUGAGUGAAUCUGGCAGCGACAGCGACUGAGAUCACAGCAGCUCUUCGGCUCAUCUUAACAUCCGGGAUGCUAUAGAAUGUUUUAAAGAAUGUUAAAUAACUAUUAGAUUUUAUUUUUAUUGCAGAGGGACAUUUUUGAACCGAUAAGGUUGUGUAAGGAUGUAAUAUUGUACCUUUGGUUGUUCAGUGUUUUUAUGAAGUUCAACAUGCUUGUUUAUUGUUCAGUGUUACACACACACACACACACACACACACACACAC